AUGGUUCAGAGCAAAGGAGGAAGUUCCCGGGGAAGCUCCAGUCGGGAGUUCGGCAUCACAUUUGAGAUUGAGCCCCCGGCUGCUGUUCGUCCUGGGACGCCAUUUACCCUGCCAGUAAUUGUGGCAGUCAGGCCCGUGGGCAACCUAGUGAACCCAGCAGUUCAGCACAUGGUUGCGCACGCAUCGCUCAGGAGCGAGACGGGAACGGCUGCGGCCACCGGACUGGCGGGGACGCUAACGUCCAGUGUGCGCAGUCGAAAUGGGAACACGACAAGCGGAUUUGCCAAGUUCAGCCCGCUGAGCAUUGCGCAGCCAGGUCGGUACCGAAUUCGAGUGAUCCUCGGUGCUGCCUCACACAGCGGAGUCACCACAAAGGAGUAUGUCGACUCGGGGGUCAUUCAUGUCCAUGCAGGAGCAGAAGCCGUGCAACGCCCAACGCAUUUGCAGAUAUCUAAGCUCCAGGCCUUGACGGCGGAAAAUAUCGAUAUAACACCGGCUGACAUUGCCGCGUGGCAGAGAGCGGCAUGA